AUGGCAGAGGAGCAACAACAAGAAAAAAAAACUAAACCCUUGACUUUCGCUGGUAAUAAUCUUACUAUUUCCAAUGAGCAGCUAUUAACCUUUACUGUAAUAGGUCUAACAGCUCUGGCGCAAGCACUGGAUUCAAAGCAGGCAAGAACAUCUUUUGGAAAAUUGCCAUUGUCAGUUGAGAAAUCUCAGCCUGUUUUCGGAUUUCCAUAAGCAAAGAGAGAUGAUCAAGAGAAGAUUUUCAUGGAUGAACUCACUAAGACGAGUAAUGCAGGUAAAAUGUCACCAGGACCUAUCUAUAAUUACACUGAUCAAAUAAAAUACGAAAAACCACCUGGAUGGCAAUUCGGAACUGCUGAGAGAAUAGGCGUAGACAAACCUAGAUAUGAUUUCUAUGAGAAUGCAGCAUUCCUCGAUGAUCCUCUCACAGCUGAUGCCUCAAGAAAGCCUAGAUGCAAUGCACCCAAGAUUGGAACUGAACCAAGGAUGCAAUUAAAUACUCUUGAAUCAACUCCUGGUCCCCAAUACUUACCGAAGGAUAGGCCUGAAUUUAUUAAACAACCUCAAUAUACUUUUGGUUUCAGGCGAGGGGGUACAGGUGCAUUGAAGAAUCAAACAUCUACUCCAGGUUCAGUAGGUCCAGGUAGGUAUGUUCCAGAGGCUUCAGCGAAUCCCUCAACAAAACAGAACUUCCCGCGUUGGACAUUACCUAAAGCAGGAAGACCAAGUACAGAGUCCAAGAAAGUUGACAAGAAUUAAACAUAUGAUACUAGAUCUUCAAUUGGCAAGCAACCUCACUCUAAGAAUAGAUCUUCCGCAGUUGCCCACUUUGGCUCCAGCGGCAGAGAAAACAUGAGUAAAGUAGGCACCUUCAAGGAUAUGAUGCAGGGAUCUGCCUCGGUAAAAUUAUAUCACCCCAAGUUUUGA